CCGCGCCGGCCUCGCUCCCCAGCCCUCCCGCCGCGGGCCGCCGAGGCCAACCCCGGGCGCCGAGAGGCGUGGCCGGCCCGCAAGGCCUCGCGGCAGCCAUGGCCUCGGUGGUGGAGUACAAGGGGCUCAAGGGCGGCUACCACUGCGGCUACUGCGACUCCAGGGAGGGCAAGGCAUCGUGCGGAAUGUGGGCACAUUCCAUGACAGUCCAGGAUUAUCAGGAUCUUAUAGAUCGAGGAUGGCGAAGAAGUGGAAAAUAUGUGUACAAGCCUGUCAUGAAUCAAACAUGCUGUCCUCAAUACACAAUAAGGUGCCGACCUUUACAGUUUCAGCCAUCAAAAUCUCACAAGAAAGUUUUGAAAAAAAUGUUGAAAUUCCUGGCAAAAGGGGAGAUUUCAAAAGGAAAUUGUGGGGAUGAGCCCAUGGAUUCCACAAUGGAGGAUGCUGUUGCGGGUGACUUUGCAUUAAUAAAUAAAUUGGAUAUCAAGUGUGAUCUUAAAACUCUCAGUGAUGACCUCAAAGAAAGCUUAGAGAGUGAAGAAAAGAAGAAAGAAAAAAGCUCAAAGAAAGAAGAAUCUAAAGAAUUGAGUCAUUCACAAGCCAUAGAGGAAAAGCUGGGCUCUGGUGAACCAUCAUAUUCAAUCAAAGUUCCUACGGUUCCUAAGCCAGGCAAAGGGGCUGAUUUGAGCAAACCUCCAUGUCGAAAAGCAAAGGAAAUCCGGAAAGAAAGGAAAAGAUUAAAACUCAUGCAGCAAAGCCCAGCUGGAGCAUUUGAGGGUUUCCAGGCUCAAGGUCAGCCACCAUCUCUGUUCCCACCAAAGGCCAAAUCCAACCAGCCCAAAUCACUUGAAGAUUUAAUUUUUGAAUCUUUACCAGAGAAUGCAUCACACAAGUUAGAGGUGAGGGUGGUGAGAUCAUCUCCACCAAGUCCUCAGUUCAAAGCCACAUUUCAGGAGUCUUACCAGGUUUAUAAACGUUACCAGAUGGUUGUUCACAAGGACCCACCUGAUAAACCAACUGUGAGCCAGGUGAGGUUAGUACCUGUCUCCUUUGAGGACCCAGAGUUCAAGUCGUCCUUCAGCCAGUCCUUUUCUUUAUAUGUCAAGUAUCAAGUGGCUGCACACCAGGAUCCACCUGAUGAAUGUGGGAAGACUGAGUUCACAAGAUUCCUUUGCAGCUCACCUUUGGAGGCAGAGAAUCCCCCUAAUGGACCAGAGUGUGGGUUUGGCUCCUUUCAUCAGCAGUACUGGCUUGAUGGGAAGAUCGUCGCCGUGGGGGUGAUCGACAUUCUUCCCUCCUGUGUUUCUUCUGUGUAUUUGUACUAUGAUCCCGACUAUUCAUUUCUGUCUUUGGGCAUCUACUCUGCAUUACGAGAAAUUGCUUUUACUAGGCAGCUUCAUGAGAAAACAUCUCAGCUCAGCUAUUAUUACAUGGGUUUCUACAUUCAUUCCUGUCCCAAGAUGAAAUAUAAGGGUCAAUAUAGACCUUCUGACUUGUUGUGUCCUGAGACAUAUGUGUGGGUACCCAUUGAGCAGUGUCUGCCUUCACUGGAAAAAUCCAAGUACUGUCGUUUCAACCAGGACCUAGAAGCAGUGGAUGAAGGUCGCAGCAAGGAUCCUGACCGAAUGCAGGUGUUUUACAAGAAAGCCAUCAUGCCUUAUGGUGUUUAUAAGAAACACCAAAAAGACCCUAGCGAGGAGGCUACCGUGUUACAGUACGCAAGCCUGGUGGGGCAGACGUGCUCCGAAAGGAUGCUGCUGUUCAGAAACUAAAGCAAGCUGUGCCCUCAGCCUCCUACCCCGGCUCUGGCCUUCCCUGCCGCCAUAGUCAGUGCCUGGGGGACACUGCAGCUGUCCUCCAAGCAGAUGUUUUCAUUUUGACUGUCACAGCUUUUUGAAAUAUUUUGUGGCAAUGUAUUUGUGAGAAUACAUGGUUAAUAUAAAGAUUUUUAAACUAUGCUAUGACCUAACCUUAAAAUUGGGUUGUCGUUUGGGAAGUUCAUUUCUGGUAUAAGAUAAUGCUCAGCUUUUUCUAGUUAAUGUCUUGGGAAGUGAAAAUAAGAAUGAAUCUAAGUAAUUUAAUCACAAUUGCGUUGUUUAGUUCUAGUAGAGAAAUUUCAACAGACUGUUUCCUCCAAUGCAGUAGGACACUAGUUCAUGCUGGGAAGCCUGCGUGUGUGGGCAAAAUGGAAGGAGUGCACCAUCACUGAGAAAUGCUCCUUCUCUAGAGAGCCACGCUGUGCUCUCCCAGCACAUUACUGCCGGUGUCACGUUGUGUGCUUUAAUAGUGCAAAAAGAAAGUACAAAUGCUAAAGGACAGUGUUCACACUCUAGUGUCCGUUUGUCCAAGAUGGUCCUGCUCCUGUCUGUUGUCUUGGCAUCAUUUUUCCUCCUAGAAUAAUUGUUUCUUGUACUCCCUUUUGUUCUCAAAGUAUCCCAGUUUGGACAAUAAAAUAAUUACUCAAGUGGCAUAUUAUUCGCUGUAUUUCAAAAAAAUCUAAGAAACAGAGGUUUUUAAGAAAAACAUUAACUUCUGCCUUGCUAUAAGCCUCAUCCAAAGGAAAUAGACACUAACUGUUCAUUCCUAGAAGUCAGGACCCUUGUCUGGCUAUUGGCGAAAUCUCCUUAAUAUCUGAUUGCUCUUAUAGCUGUGCCGUUAGCCACAUUUAAGUCAGCAGGAGUCACUCUAAUAUCUGCAUUCCUUUUCUGGCCCUCUGUUUGUGAGUUGGAAAAUAGGUGCUGCUCUAAGUAUUUUGAGGCAUCUGCUAGCCCCCCUUCCCUCUUGCUGACUUGGUGAGCCCUUUGCCCCUUCCGCCAAUCCUGCUGUCAAGGGGAACAUUAGCCAUUGGAAACAGGUGAGAACUGGGGGCUGCUUUCCGGCCCAUUUUUCUCCACUGGCUCCUCUUCUGCUGCCAGCUGUUCAGUUUUCCAGCUCUUUUCACUCCCAUUUUGUCCAUUUUCUGCUUUCUGUUGAUCAUCUUGUUAAAAGCCAUAUUGUAAAACUUCAUACUUUGAAUCCCAUUACUAAUUUUAAACUUCCCUCCACUAAAUUUCAAUAGAACAUUAAAUAAUAACCUUCAGCUAGUUAGAAUAAAAGAAGUGUCAUAAAACAGACCUUAAAAAUCAAAUGUCUACAAAUGCAACAUCCUUGUAAACCAUCCCUGUUCAUUCUGCCACAUGCCAGGUGCAUUGUUAACUGAGGACAGGGGACUGAAGAAAGCCAUUUCCUCUGAUGGCGAAGAUCCUGACUCUUCUGGAAUUUUGACCUACAAAAUAGUCUCCCAAGAAUAUUUAAGAGACUGACUUGGAACCACCUUCAGAAUCAAGAACUUUUUUUUUUCCCUUCAGAAUCUUUAGAAUUUUUUUUGUUUUCUCUCUAAAAUGAAGGUGGCUCCACUUCAUGAUUUUUUUAUAAAAAUGAUACUCACCGUAAGCAAUUAAAACAUUAAGGAAAGUAAAAGUAAUCUGAAAUCCUAUCCAGAGAAAGAAAAAGGACUGUUUGUGUGUGUAUGUGUGUGUGUGUGUGUGUGUGUGUAGAGAGAGAAUGUGUGUGUAUAUAUAUAUAUAUAUGCAAACUUUAAUAUAAAUAAGAUUAUGCUCUAUGUGUUGCUUUAUUUCCUCAAUGGAAACUAUGGUCUAUGCCUAAAACUUGAGAGAAAUUUCAAAAUAAAACUGAAGAAGGUAAUCUCAGUGCUACUAAAAUAAAAGGGGUGGGUGCCCUCCGUGUUGGUUGGCCAGGUCCUCAUCUGCAGUUGCAUUGUGUCCUGUUUCCCCCUUGGUGGUUAGGAGGUAGGUGGUGUGCUCUGGGCUUUUCCUGCAGAGUUCAGUUCAGUUCCUUGAGAGGAAGGUGAUUAGCCGUCCCAUCUCUGCCCUGAUGUGCUGCCUAGCCUGGCAUUCUAGGUUGGCUCCGUGAAGCUUCAGUAACCUGAGUGUGAGCUCUUCUCCUCGUUGCUGUGUUCAUGUGUGUGUGUUUUUGAGAAAUGUGCUGAUCUAGCGGUACAUGUGGCUUCGAGCAAGCGUAUUUGCUUUUUUAAGCCCUGACUAAGUGGAUGUCCAUAGUGGAAUAGAAAGGACAAUCAAGAAAGGUGACCCAGCUUUGUCACAUGGCUAGCAGUGUAGCUGAGACACCUGACUUCAUGCAAAUGACUUUCAUCUAAAGAACAACACGUGGGAACCAGACCGUUUACAUCUUCCAAGGCAAGAAGCUUUGCAUUUUCAGUCUUAGCAUUGUAGUCCUCUUCUGAUUUCAGAUAAAGUCACACCUGCCUCCUUGCCUUGGAGCAAAUAUUUUGCUACCAUCUUUAUUGAAAUUAUUUCAGUUAUUUGAGAUUUUCAUUAUCCUAUUGUUUAAUGUAAUCUGGGCACUUUUAUAUUCUAAAAUAUAGAAGCUAUAUUAUCAGAUGAGUAUAUUCAUUUGAUUGAGGUUAUUUAGGGUAAGAGAUUAUGUUUUCUUUCAAGAAGUACAUCCUAUUUUUUAUCUAUUUACAAAUGCCAGUUUUGUGUGAUUUCUGAACAUACCAAAAUCUGUUAUGUAAAAGAACCUUUCCAGAUUUCUAAAAUAGUGAUUUGAUUUUAUAGACAUUGUAUUAUUUCAGUGUGAAUAAGAGUGAGAGAAAAUAUGAACAGGUAACCAAAAUGUAUCUAUUGUUGCUACCUUCAAAGAAAAGAAAGAAAUAAAGUGGAAAGAGUUGGAAAAUGUUUGGAUUACAAGUUAUUCAAAUGUGUCUUCUUUUCCUAAUAAAACCAGUGACUAUAUGGCAAACCACAUUUGUUUGUGAUGGUUUUACUCCUGUAUAUGCUUUCUGAACAACCCAUUUGAAAAAAUAAAGCUGUUUCUAUCUGCAGUGGCUCUUACUGGUCAUUAUUUAGGAAAUACAUUUUCAUCUUUAAAAUUCUGGAAUACAUUUCACCUGCAGUGAAUAUGUAAAAAACAAAGGCAAAACACUGACUAUGUGCAUUACAAAUUUUAAUUUUCAGCAAUUGAAGUUCUAGACCAUUUGGUUUCCUAAAUCAAAGUGUGGUGGAUUCCUUUCUGGAGACUAAAUUAAAAUCUCACCUUAAGCAAAAUGCCUACAUUUUCAUAAGUUAAAUUAGGAAACAGUUAUUAUUAUUUUUUUUUACCCAGAGGGAUUU